CAAAGGCAUGUGCAGGGUAGUACAGUUCUAAAGCAGUAUAGUUAUUUGAGAGGAGAUGGUGUGGACAAUUUAAGGAGAUGUCCUUACCAUUUCAGACCGGCCAGCUUUACUCGAGGAUACCCGUCAUUUGAGUGAUGAAACAAUGUGCUUGACAAAGGCUGACACCAGUGCAGUGCACGCUGUCCUUAAAUUCACACCCGGGAAUUCACAGAAGCAACAACGAAAAAUUUCCAAUAUGUGGAGGAGGUGACAUUUAAAAGCAGCAACAGAACCUGAGCUUUGACGCAAUUUCCUAUUUUUAAUGGACAUAGUGUGAUGCUGAGCAUUUCUCUUCUGACAAGCUGAAACAGCCAACUGUCAAACCGUUUUCUGAGGAUGGGACAUCUUUAUAACCAGCUGGAUCAGUCAGGAAUAAUUUCAGUGUUUUCAAUAGGAUGGAACAUCUUUAUAACCAGCUGGAUCAGUCAGGAAUAAUUUCAGUGUUUUCAAUAGGACGGGGCAUCUUUACAACCAGCUGGAUCAGUCAGGAAUAAUUUCAGUGUUUUCAAUAGGACGGGGCAUCUUUACAACCAGCUGGAUCAGUCAGGAAUAAUUUCAGUGUUUUCAAUAGGACGGGGCAUCUUUACAGCCAGCUGGAUCAGUCAGGAAUAUUUUCAGUAGACCUAUGAAUAACGACUAGACUUUCUCCCUCGUAUGUUGAAAGCUACUAAAAUGGGUGGACCAGUGUUGACAGCCAUCUGUCAUAAAUUCAGUAAAGUGGUGCAGAAACUGACCACACACUUCACAAAUCGAUUCUGCCAAAUUUGGCACCACCAGAGUUUUGGUAUCAUCUUGAAGGUGUAUGUCGUUACAUUUUUCCUAGUCCUCCCAAUACUGUGUUACAAACUGCCAUAUUCUAUUUAUUUCAUGGAAAGUUUUGUGCCAAGUGUUGAGGAAAUGACACAGCAAGAAUUGAGAGAAAAUCAGCGGUUGACUAACGAGGCUUGGGAUUACGUACAUCUUAACGGGAUUGGAAAAGACUAUCAGAAAAUUCUGGACACAAUAGGGUCGAGAAACCGAAAGAUUAAGGGUCCACAAAACGCAACCGUUCUGAUCACAGUGAUAUCCAUCAACAGAAAAGAGGUGAAAGGAUAUUUGACGAGGACUAUAGCAAAAUUACACAGACUUAUAAAAAUAUUCCAUAAGAAUUCUGGUCUCAGGAAUUAUUUUGCAUUUGCUUUAUGUAAUGCCGACACUUGGCCUAUCGACAAUCGAGAACUGUACAGAGUUGCUUCUACUCUCAAUCUUCCGAUAUUUGAAAGAUUUGCCAGCCCGGUGCGACAAAUUAACGACAACUUGUUUAACGUCUUUGGCAAAGAGAAAGAUGACUACGCAUACUGUCUUCAGGAGUCGCUAAAUCACAACCCCGAAUUUGUCCUUUUGCUAGAGGACGAUGCUUUACCAACAGAAAAUGCACUCUCUGUAAUCCACAGGAUAACCUCGUACUCAUUUCAACAUUACAGCAAAUAUGAACAAGAUCGAAUAGCCUACUUUAAACUCUUCCACCCCAGUCGUCUUCUACGGUAUUACAGUACAGAUGCCGACAGGAUACCAAAACUCUUAGCGCUAGGUGCCAUCUUUGGUACAAUAACAUUCUGGAUCUAUUUAAAAUUCUGGAAGCCAAGGAAACAUACCCAAUUUCUUUGGAUUGUGAUCAUUUUCUAUUUUGUCCUGUUAUUUUUCUGCAUCGGACACCCAUAUGUUUUACGACUCCACAACCUAUCGGUCACCUUUUAUCAGAUUGUUCCCGCGCCUUUUUGCUGCACACCAGCGAUGCUGUACCCGUCCCACAGUGGCAAACUCAUGGCCGAUUACCUUCGGGACACACCCUGGAAGGCGCACCCUAAAGACAAGAUCAUAGACAUGUAUUUGAGGGAAACUGGUUCAAAGGGUUGGAUGGUUUUACCAAAUCUGUUUGACCAUAUUGGUCUUUACUCCACCCUCGGUAAAAACUUUUUGAAUCCCUACUUCUCAAAUUAGUAAAAGUGUUCAAUGAAAAGUUCAAAAUGAUCACAAUAAACAAACCGAUCUAUCAUAUGA